AUGGCUGAACAAAAUAACACAAUUGUAUUUGACUUCAUUCUUUUGGGUGUCACAAAUCGUAGAGAGCUGCAGCUUCCUCUCUUCAUGCUGUUUUCAGUCGUUUACAUUAUCACCCUUCUGGGGAAUCUGGGGAUGAUCACAUUAAUCAGGAUGGACUCCCAACUCCACACUCCCAUGUACUUCUUCCUCAGCAGCCUGUCCUUUGUAGACCUCUGCUAUUCCUCCAAUGUCACACCUCGGAUGCUGGCCAAUUUUGUAGCAGACUAUAAAGUCAUUUCCUUUACUGGAUGUCUGAUACAGUGUUAUCUCUUCAUUGCACUGGUGCUUACGGAGUCCUUCAUCCUGGCCAUCAUGGCAUAUGAUAGGUAUGUAGCCAUCUGCAACCCACUACUCUAUACCACAAAGAUGUCAUGGAAGGUCUGCAUGUGGCUGGUGGCAGUUCCCUCUGCAUAUGCUUUCCUAGAUGCCAUGAUACAGACCAUAUUCACCUUCCGCUUGACCUUCUGUGGCUCCCAUGUCAUCAACCACUUUUACUGUGCUGACCCACCUCUCAUGGAACUGUCCUGCUCUGACACCCAUGUCAAAUUGACCCUGAUGUUACUUUCUGCCAGUUUCAACCUCAUCAGCUCCCUAGCUGUUAUUCUGACUUCCUACACCUUCAUCCUCUUCACUAUUCUGAAAAUUCGCAAUACCGGAGCGAGGUACAAAGCUUUCUCCACAUGUGGCUCCCACCUGACGGCUGUCACCCUUUUCUAUGGGACACUCUUUGUCAUGUACAUCAGACGUCCUUCCAGCGUGUCCCUAGAACAGGGCAAAAUAGUCUCUGUGUUUUAUGCCGUGGUGAUCCCUAUGCUGAAUCCGUUGAUCUACAGCCUAAGGAACAAGGAGGUGAAGGGUGCCCUGAAGAGAUUAUUGCAAAGGAAAGUGUUAUUGCAUUAA